CGAUCCAUCACAUCCAAUACCACGAAGUAUCGAAUGUCGUGGGUUGAUAACCUACCAAACACCACGAUGGUGAAGUAUCACGACCCAUAAUACCAUCCGAUACCAUGAAGUAUUGAGUGUCGUGGGUUGGUGGCCUACCAAACACCAUUAUGAUGAAGUAUCACGAUCCAUCCCAUCCAAUACCACGAAGUAUCGAAUGUCGUGGGUUGAUAGCCUACCAAACACCACGAUGGUGAAGUAUCACGACCCAUAAUACCAUUCGAUACCACGAAGUAUCGAAUGUCGUGGCCUAACAAACACCAGAACGCUGCCUCGCAGCAGCUCGUGCAGCUCCGGAGACGGCGUAUGGACCUUGCGAACGGUCAAAGUCGUGGCCUACUUCACUUCCUGCCUUCGGAACUUUCUCCGAGGAUCGUACGCUCCUCCGUGGAGGUUUCACGUUGAAGAGGACCGACCUGUCGGCGUUAUUACGGACGUGCCUUACUCGCCGGCGGAUCGAUUACGUCUCGGCUGACCUCGAGCCUCGAUCUCGCGGCCAUUAGGGACGACCUGUAACGCAACGAGACCGGAGAUCUUGGAGUAUAGGGAGGAUUUAGUGUAUUAGUAUUGAAUCAACAUGGAUGUUGAACGACAAGAGGACGAUGUCGAUCUGCCGUCUAAUCGAUAUCGCUAUCAUGGUUUUGCGUCAAGUUUCUGGAUGCGAGAUAACAAUUGCAGGUGCAGGGCGCGGAUAUCCCGGCGCCGCCAUUUUGGUACCGGUCGACUGUGUCGACUCUCCCUCUGAUUUCGCAAAACGUCGCAAAAUGGAAAACUCGUUGGUUGCAGAGUGCGGGCAUCCCGGCGCCGCCAUUUUGGUACCGCUCGACUUUGCCGACGCCCACGUUGCAAGCCGGUGGGAAAUACUCGAAAAGUAGAAAGGCUCUCGAUCGCGAUGGCCGGCUACGCGCAACAAGUAUUUGGAACGUUCCAAUGGCCGAGUCUCUUCGAGCACCAGCCGUAAAAUUGUGGCAGCCUCCACGACGAGGAGAGCGCCGUCACGGAAGAGACGCACCCUUAGCUGGCAAACAACUUUCCAUGCCGGGGAAAAAUCCCUCAAUGGACCCGCUCCCUACCACGGGGUUCGAUUUUUCAAGAGCAUGGACUCCAUCUUGACGGAUCCCGCGAAUUUGGGUCGCGGAAGUGGAGCCUCCCACGUGCAGCCAUUUGUCGAAGACGGUGCACCAGGUAUUAGGAAUUCCUGGGUCAGCGAUCCCACCCGAUGACGAGUGAGUCACGUGAAACGUGGCCGCACGAUUAUCAAGUCUCACCGGAACGGGUCCGGUGAAAGUGAGCAUUCGAGGGUGAUCUCAAUUUCUAAGGUCGCCAUCUUGACGCCUAGGCGCUCCCCGGUCCGCUCCCGGAACCGCUCCAGGACGUUCCCGAUCCUUUCAAGUCGACUCACGGUGAGGAAGCGAGCAAACUUGAUAUCAUUUUCAAGGGAAGGACGUUAUCACGAGGCCCUAUGCGAGAAACGACUUGAUGGACGUAUCCGGCGUGAACCAUUCCGGAUGUGCCAUGUUGCGGCCGGUGAAAGUGAGUAGUCGGACGGCCAGGAAGGAGGGAAAGGCGUAGAGGGAGAAACGCCGGAGAAUGGAUCGACGAGGCAUGCAAACAAUAUAUUAUGGUCGCGGUGCUCUUUUGGGCCGCCUAUCUCGGAAGGAAAUCGCAUCUUACGUGUCAUGGACAUCGAGACGAUAAUCGAUGGACCAGUUGGCGUCUACGGGAGAAAAUCCCGUGAAUUUAAUGGGCUCUUGAUGGCACCUAGAGGUGUUCCUAUCGCGAUGGCCAGAACAACUCGUAGGCGUCCCUGGUGCCCCCGUGGAAUACUUGGAGCAUCGAGCAACAUCCUUAUCCCGUAAUUCAGCGUAAUUAAGGGUGGCGUUUGUCGCUCGUCGAGCCGAACAAACGUUUAUGAAACUCGUGGGCGAGGAGCGCAAUUGCAUCGAGGUGAAUUACGAUCUUCGGCACGAAGGACGCACAUCUCGGUGAGAAGAUGGAUGGGACGCGGGGCAGUAUACGAAAGAUAGCCCUCUCCACCCUAGUGUCGCUAUUACUGGUCUCGGGAUUUCAGGGUGUGAGGAGCGAGGCCCCGUUGGUGGACAGUAGCGCCCUUCCCCUGGAGCACCGAUCGGUGUACGGACCUCCUGCUCAAUAUGGGGCCCCCCAGUCCCACGGGCCCGAGGACAACUGGCCCCUGGCCUCGCCGGACACCCCGCAGAUCAAGCACCUGCAGGUGCAGUGCGAGAAGACGCACAUGCGAGUUAACAUCGAGUUCGACCGGCCCUUCUACGGGAUGAUCUUCAGCAAGGGCUUCUACUCGGAUUCGCACUGCGUCCACCUUAAGCCAGGAACCGGCCACCUGAGCGCGACCUUCGAGAUCUUCCUCAACUCCUGCGGGAUGAGCUCCUCGGCGAACCAUAACGUAGCGGCCUAUGGCACCCCGACACCCUCGGGCAGCUACGUCGAGAACACAAUAAUCGUUCAAUACGACCCGUACGUCCAGGAGGUCUGGGACCAGGCCCGGAAGCUGCGCUGCACCUGGUACGACCUGUACGAGAAGGCCGUCACCUUCAGGCCCUUCCAGGUCGACAUGCUCCACGCGGUCACCGCCAACUUCCUCGGAGACAAUCUGCAGUGCUGGAUGCAGAUCCAGGUCGGCAAGGGACCCUGGGCCUCCGAGGUCUCCGGCAUCGUCAAGAUAGGGCAGACCAUGACCAUGGUCCUCGCCAUCAAGGACGACGAGAACAAGUUCGACAUGCUCGUCAGGAACUGCGUGGCUCACGACGGGAAGAGGGCUCCCAUCCAGCUGGUGGAUCAGAGAGGCUGCGUGGUCCGGCCGAAGAUCAUGUCCAGGUUCCAGAAGAUCAAGAACUUCGGACCCAGCGCGUCCGUCGUCAGCUUCGCCUACUUCCAGGCCUUCAAGUUCCCCGACAGCAUGAACGUGCACUUCCAGUGCGUUAUACAGGUGUGCAGGUACAACUGCCCCGAGCCAAAGUGUGGGCACCCUGGUCUGGAGUAUGGGGCACCAACGGCUGGACUAUCCCAGGACUACGGUGCACCCGUUCAUCAGGGUCUCUCCUCGGAUUACGGUGCACCUCCGGUUCCGGAAUACGGGGUGCCUCCUGCAUAUCCUGAUCCUCGGCACCCUAGCGGUCCUGCCGGCGCCUACAGCGAGCCGAACCCUGACGUGGUCCCGGCUCCUCAGGCCCAGACUUCGUCUUCCUCGCCAAGUUCCACUCCUGGGGACGCCACGGCCAGCAGUUCCCCUCAGAGCCCCCAGGACAACAUCCACUUGCCCCCGCCACCUCUUCCGGGUCAUCCCGCGGCGGCAUAUCAGACCGUGAAGAGGAAGGGCACCGUCGGCUCCGAGGAGCAGGAAGGCAACCUGGCUACUCUAGGUGGUCGACCUAGGUCGGUGGAAGGACUCGCAGCCGAGCUCAGAGGCGCCAGGAAACGGAGGUCCUCCGACCUGGACCUGGAUCAUCCGUUGACCGACGACUCGAGCUUGUACCAUACCGUGAGCCUGAUCUCGAGCCACGUGUACAAAAGAGCGGCGCAGGAGAUGACGGACGUGAACACCUCCAGGAUAAUCCAGGUGGUAGCGCCCGGGGACGUGAACUUCGCCCUGGGGACGACCAACACCAGCAACGACACCACCGUCGUCAUCCAGAAUGCCAACUCGGCCACGGAUCCGGAAACGAUCUGCAUGUCUCUCCCCGGCUUCGUGGGGGGCCUGGUGAUGCUGCUCCUGGUGGUGGUCGUCGCCUCCCUCGUGGCGGCCUUCCUCUUCCUCCGCGUCCGGGCGGUCGACCGGAAGAACGCCAGCUUGAACAAUCCCGCCUAUGUUCAUCCCGCCUUCGUCCAGGAGAAUUGCAAUCCCGAGUACGUGAAGGGAGCGAACUGAUGGAGAACUGGGAAGGAGGUCGACACGUGGACGACUCCGGGGAAUCCUGGGGAGGCUCUUGACCGGGAUCAGGAUCCUCGGGGAAGAGCAAGGAUCGAGAGUCGGAACGUAGAUGAGGAUCCCGGUGUACUUCGGGAAGGAAGUUCGGUCCCUGAUGGGCCAUGACGAGUCAGGGUCUCGGUGGGACCAGGGUUCCUCUCCUUCGACGCUCUCGGUGCCUUCUCGUCCGCUGUCUUUCCUCUUCGUCUCCACGGAAGCGUCCGGCAAAGUUUGAGGGUCGUUAGCGCCAGCGAGGUAGUCUCUAAUCGAGGAUCAACGCGCGAUUAGAGCUUAUCAGACGGUUCUUCAAAUCGCUAUCGGACUAGGAUUUUAAUCUCCGGUUAGCUUAAUCUCUGGGCAACUGGAGUUGCACCGAGUCGGGAUUAACUGAUCGGAGUUUAGCGAGGUACUCUCUAAUCGAGGAUCAACGCGCGAUUAGAGCAUAUCGUUCUUCAAAUCGCUAUCGGACUAGGAUUUUAAUCUCCGGUUAGCUUAAUCUCUGGGCAACUGGAGUUGCACCGAGUCGAGAUUAACUGAUCGGAGUUUAGACAUUUCACGACUAUCGCGGUUGGCGCAAUCGGCCUUUGGGACCGGAUCGAGGGCCGGCUUGUAAAUAAAGGUUCGAUUGUUUCUCGCUCGAAUGUCGAGGAAGAGAGAGAGAAAGAGAAACUUGGAGAGAUACUUCCGGAGAACGGUGUACAUAUGCCGCAAGAAAUUAGUGCGUUUUCCGGGAGAUUAACGAGUUAGACGGUCGCGUCCGCCGAACGCCAACGCUGCUACCAUUACUCUCGUCGACCUUACAAUUAUUUAUACCACUACUAGCAUCUCCCCCGUCCCGACUAAUGCCCCAUAUCCAUCUCGAGAACCUCCAGCGGAUUCUAGAAAGAGGAUAUGAAAGAAAUUGUACAUUUUUUAGGAACGGUCGAGGGUGCGCUCGAGGUUCUCCCUCGGAGCUUCCUACCCCUUCAGUGAUAAAAAAAAAGAAUUCUACAAAAUGUGCGCCGGUGAAGAGAGUCGUAUCGAAGGGGUUGAGCUCCGACCGAAGACCCCUCUAUUUUAUUUAUUUCUCCCCUCCUUCCCCUCCAUUUUCCAAAAUCCCCCCACCGACUAAUGCGGCAACGGGUCGUGAGUUUCGAAAGCAUGGCUCGGUGCCACCUAACUUUAACUUAUUCUCGAAAUUGCAGACCCGUUCUGCUCGUUCCCUCCUUCUACGUCGGAAGGUUUUACCCUACCUAGGAAUUACCCUCGAUAAUGUAUUCCCCGACCCGGGAAUAUGUCUCGUGUACAUGUUAAAGACACGCAUCCACUCGUCGAACACGAAACGAGUUAACAUUCGCGGAUCGACUUUGAAGUACUACAUUUAUGAUUAUUUUCAUAUUUCAC